GCUCCCGGCCCCGCAGCCAGGCCGCGGCUCCCUCCCUCCCUCCCGGCUGCGCUCGCUCUGCUCCGCCCGGCAGCGGGGCCGGCCCGUGGCGAGGCGGCGCCGGGACUCUGCCCAGCCCGGAGCGGGAGCGGAGCUCGGCCGGGCCGGGCCCGCUGGAGAAGCCCCGCCCGCCCGGGGGGGCCAUGGCCGAGCGGGCCGCUGCCCAGGUCCCGAUCCUGGAAACGCUUCCAGACUUGCAUCACUUCUGCCCUGCAGGGAGUCCCCUUGGCUUCAGGGAGACCGCUGACCCGUGGGGCACGGCCGGGGCAGGGGGCUGCUGCACUGAGUCCUUGCACGUUAGCUCUGCACGACACAGACCGUCUGCGGCUCAGGAAUGGGAUGCAGAGUCACAGCACCUGAUGUCUUCCCAGCCUGAACGAACCUCUGUGCAAACAGCAGAGAUUUCAAUGUGGACCCUAGUGGCUGCCAUCCAAGCUGUGGAGAGGAAGGUGGAUUCGUUUGCCACACGGUUGCUGAGUCUGGAGGGGAGAACUGGGAUGGCUGAGAAGAAAAUAUUUGAGUGUGAGAAAACCGAGUUGGAGUUUGGGAACCAGCUGGAGAGUAAGUGGACUGUGCUGGGAACUCUGAUCCAGGAGUACGGGCUGCUGCAGAGGAGGCUGGAGAACAUGGAGAACCUGCUGAAGAACAGGAACUUUUGGAUCCUGAGGCUUCCUCCUGGUAUUAAUGGAGAAGUCCCAAAGGUGCCGGUGAUGUUUGAUGACAGCGCCGUCUUCUCCCAGGAGGAGUGGGAGAACUUAGAAGACUGGCAGAAGGAGCUGUACAAGAAUGUGAUGAAGGGGAAUUAUGAAUAUAUGAUCUCACUGGACUAUGCAAUUUCCAAACCUGACAUCCUGUCCCGAAUUGAGCGAGGAGAAGAGCCAUGUGUGAGGGGUCAGCGGGAGUCGGAGGAAAGAGAAACCACUGCAGAUCCCAGCACAGCGUCUGCGAUUUCUAUCCUCGAAACCGCCGCUGAGAUUAAACAAGAGGAAGAGCCAAUUGCUGAGGAGCAGCAGGAUGCAGAAGAAAGAGAAGCCCCUACAGAGCCCAUGGCAGCCGACACCUGGCUCACCAGCCACGAGAAGAACAAGGAGCAGGAUUCACAGGAGCUGGAGCCACACUGGACUGCGGCUCAAAGACCGGAAGAGAAUAUUUACCAUAGUGCUGAGCACGGCCUUCCCUCCAACGGUCCAGACAUGACCCUGGCAGUACAUAUGCCAGAGAAACCCACCCAGCACGAGAGAGACUUCAGCCCCUUGAAAGCCAGCACCGUGUGCCUGGGGGCCCCCGUGACGGAGCGACCCUAUCUCUGCUCCGAGUGCGGGAAGUGCUUCAGCCGCAGGGAGCACUUUGUGCAGCACCAGCGCACCCACACGGGCGAGCGCUCCUACGUGUGCCCCGAGUGCGGCAAGGGCUUCACGCAGCAGUCCAACCUCACCAACCACUACCGCACCCACACCGGGGAGCGCGCCCACGUGUGCCCCGAGUGCGGCAAGGGCUUCAUGCAGCAGUCCAACCUCACCAACCACUACCGCACCCACACCGGCGAGCGCGCCCACGUGUGCCCCGAGUGCGGCAGGGGCUUCAUCCACCAGUCCACGCUCACCACCCACCUCCGCACCCACACCGGCGAGAAGCCCUACCAGUGCAGUGUGUGCGCCAAGUGCUUCAGCCGCCUCUCCACCCUGCUGGAGCACCAGCGCACCCACACCGGCGAGAAGCCCUACAAGUGCCCGGAGUGCGAGAAGCGCUUCAGCCGCCUCUCCACACUGGUGGAGCACCGGCGCACGCACACUGGCGAGAAGCCGUACAAGUGCGCCCAGUGCGAGAAGAGCUUCACCCGCCUCACCAACCUGACCAUGCACCAGAACACCCACGCCGGCGAGCGCGCCUACAAGUGCACCCAGUGCGGCAAGAGCUUCGCCCAGAAGCCCUACUUCCUCAAACACCUGCGCAACCACACCAAGGAGAAGCUCUACAAGUGCCUGGAGUGCGGCAAGAGCUUCGUCUGCCACUCCUGGCUGGUGCGCCACCAGAUGAUCCACACGGGCGAGCGGCCCUACCAGUGCGGCGAGUGCGGGAAGAGCUUUGUGCAGAAGGAGCACCUCUUGAAGCAUCAGCGCGUCCACACGGGCGAGCGGCCCUUCCAGUGCUCCGCCUGCGCCAAGAGCUUCCGCUGCCAGCAGUCCCUGAGGCUGCACCAGUGCGCACACACCAGCCAGCAGGGCGGCACGCCGGCCACGGCGGGGGCCGAGUUCAAGAACCAGCUGCUGUACCUGAAAAUGGAAAAUACUGGGUAGUAGGGGUCGAGCCCUGCGUUGGGAGCUGCACGGGGAGAGCCUCCCCCAGAGACUAGCCAGAUCCGCCCCAUAUGAAACACUGCAGUGAAUCCCACGCCCUCUCUGCAUGCCAGAUGGGAGGGGAGCGCUCGAUGCGAGGUGACGCAGGACCGUAUUGAAUGUGAGCUGCAAGCAGCCAUUACGUGCCGCGCCUGGGGAAGAGACCCCACGACGGACUGAACAAUGCGUUGGAAGCAUCUAAGCAGCCGCAGCUGUUUUGUUUGUACGAACAGUCUCCUGACCGCUGGCACCGCCGGUGGGAACGUCGCCAGCAGGCUGUGCUCUGCAGGGAUGGGUAGUGCAGGCCUACGAGCUACUGUAACAUGAACAACUUCCUACCACGACUGAAGAAGUGGAGCAGAGGCUGUUGGGAGUGAGCGUCGGCAGGCGUGCUGGGUUAACAGUACUUUGUCCUCCAGGGUGCUACAGACAAACGCACUCUGCUUGCCCGUGCUGGACGGCUUCCCGCAGUCCGUACGGCUGGGGGCUCGGACGUGCGGUGAGGCUGAGAAGUGCCUGCAUUUGCAGUGCAAGCCAGGGGCAGAGCCAGGUCUACACUACAGGCCGCCUAUGCUCUUACCACUGAGCCUCACCACCUUCAGCCCUCCUGAAAUGGAAGCCGAGCUCCACCCUGGCGGAUGAGAGCAGGUAUGCAGCGUCUGGCUCGCCUGUCUGUGGAAGCGAUUGGCAAACUCGAAGCAGUGAUUUCUGGUCUACUGGUGACCGGUUCUAUUUGUGACAUUCCUGCUUCCCAUGCAGCUGGUGGGGGGGUGAUACCCUCAAAUACCCUGGAGCAGCAGCAAAAAAUAAACUUAAGCUGGGUGCAGGGUGGUCAAAGCGGGAGUGUCAGUGAGGUGUGAUGUUCUGCCGCAGGAAGGCCGACUCUAGGAGUAUUUCACUGUAAAGGUCAAAACACGUAAUUCAGAAGUUAAAAGGGCUAGGGGAGAAUUGGAGCCAAGCUCAAUUCCGAUGACCAUCGCCUGACCUAGGAGUAGUGUGGGUGCUUGUGAGAACUCUCCAGAGCAGCCACUGCAUCUGCCACAGCAGCGCUAACUACAACGGAGCGUCCAGUUGGGGGUUCAGCCCUCCCCCACUAAUCACACAGCAGAUCUGCUCUGGCUACGAGCUAUUUACCUUCCCAAUAGCCGCCUGCAGGCCUUCCUCAAAUGAGACCUUCAGCUACGAGCUUUUGAAGCUUUCAGGCCUGUCUACACAGCUGGGUUUGUUCGUUUUUGGGGGCCUUGACUCCCUGAGGAGAUGACAGGUAACAGUUCCCUGCAGAGCAGCUGUGAUCAUACCUGUGUUUGCAGGUCUGCCAUGGGCCUAGCUGGGGUUUGAUCGGUGCAUUCUGGGCUGCUGUUCUGUAGUGCUUCAGCAGGAGCUAGAGCACCCAAAGCAGAGGAUAUUGGGAACCGUUCGGAAAGGGAUAGUUAAGGCAGAAACUCUCAAAAUGACGCGCUACAAAUCCAAGGUGCAACCACACCGUGAAUAGUGAGUGCAGUCCUGGCCACUGCCUCUCACAAAAGCUUUUUAGAAUUGGAGAAGAUACAGAGAAGGGUAACCAAAAUGAUUAGGGUUAUGGAACGGCUUCUAUAUGAGGAGAGAUUAAAAGACUGGGACUUUUCAGCUUGGAAAAGAGACGGCUAAGGAGGGAUAUGACAGGUCUAUAAAAUUAUGACGGGUGGAGAAAGUAAAUAAGGAAAUGUUAUUUACUCUUUCCCAUAAGACAGGAAUUAGGGGUCACAUAUAAAAUUAAUAGGCAGCAGUUUAAAAAAAAAAAGUAUUUUUUCACCCAAUGCACAGUCAAUCUGUGGAACUCCUUGCCAGAGGAUGUUGUGAAGGCAAAGACUAUAUCAGGGUUCAAACAAGAACCAGAUAAGUUCAUAGAGGAUAGGUCCAUAAAUGGCUAUUAGCCAGGAUGGGCAGGGAUGCAACCCUAUGCUCUAUCUGUAGCCUCUGUCUGUCAGAAGUUGGGAGUGAACAACAGGGUGGAUCACUCCAAAAUGCCCUGUUCUGUUCAUUCCCUCUGAAGUUCCUGGCAUUGGCCACUGUCAGAAGACAAGAUACUGGGCUAGAUGUACUAUUGGUCUGACGCAGUGUAGCUGUUCUGUUCACAGGGGCUAGUGAACCCCAGCAUGUCCUUCUGCAAUGAGCAGGUGUGAAGGAGAAGAGCCCAAACCAAAUCCCGGCAUCACUAGGGGGUUCCCUAUGCUGUAUAGUAAACAGCGCACUGACUUGGCUAUUGUGCCAUAGUUGUGUGCUGGCCUGGAUCUCCAGGCAAGGGAAGACACUGUCAGCUGCCUGUUGCUGUGUGUUUACCUUGUGGGCUAACACAGGCCAAGCUAAUCAGCAGUCACCAGGGCCACACUGUUGCGAACAUCAUUCUGGGCUGUACUAGCCAAGAGCAUUGUAAGCAAGACACGAGAAGUAAUUCUUCUGCUUUCCUCCAUGCUGGUUAGGUCACAGCUGGAGUAUUGCGUCCAGUUCUGGGUGCCACAUUUCAGGAAAGAUGGGGGCAAACUGGAGAAAGUCCAGAGAAGAGCAACAAAAAUGAUUGAAGGUCUAGAGAACAUGACCCAUGAGGGAAGACUGAAAAAAUUAGGUUUGUUCAGUCUUGAGAAGACUGAAGGGGCAGACCUGACAACAGUUUUCAAGUACACAGAAGGUGGUUACAAGGAGGGAGGAAAAUGGUUCUCGUUAACCUCUGCGGAUAGGACAAGAAGCAAUGGGCUUAAAUUGCAGCCCGGGAGGUUUAGGUUGGACAUUAAGAAAAACUUUCCAACUGUCAGGGUGGUUAAGCACCUGAACAAAUUGCCUAGGGAGGUUGUGGAGUCUCUGUCAUUGGAGGUUUUAAGAACAGGUUAGACAAACGCCUGUCAGGGAUGGUCUAGUUAUUACACUUCUACCCCGAUAUAAUGUGGGUUUGCAUUGUGUCGAAGUGGGACUGUUUGUAAUGUUUCCUCUGAAUACUGUGUGGGUGCCUCAGUUUCUGGCCAACACUCUGUCUCCUGGCAACUAAUGGCCUGGGCCGUUCCCCCCUGCAAGGGAAUGCUAAAGCGGUGGGAGAGCAAAGAGAUCAAGUGACCUCCUGGCCCGGGAAAGGAACUCAGCAGAGGAGGAGGGGCUGGAGGGGGUUUCAGUUUGGGGCUGGCUGGGGAUGGGAAGUGAGUGCAGACAUGGGUGUCUGGCUCGCUGCCCCCCAGGAUGGACACGGCUGAGGGGUCCUGUUCUCUGUACGUACAAGCUCUGUUUUAGACCGUGUUCCUGUCAUUGAAUAAACCUCUGUUUUACUGGC